UCGCUGAAGGACCAAUAGGCGUAAGAGAGGGGAGGAGCGGCGCGAUGACCGUGCGAUGAGCGGCCCUUGGAAGAGGUUCCGUUUCAUUGUUUGCAGCUCCCGGACCAGGGGAAGUAGGGAGACCAGACGCUACCGGAGCCUCUGCUCUGAUCCCGGCUUCCUUCCUAAAAGUCAAAAUGUGGCAGAGUGUCGGAUUAACAUUUCUGGUGUUUGUGGCAACAUUAAUCUGUGUCCUGCUUUUUAUGUUAUGUGGCUGGUAUGUUGUCUGGCACCUUUUCUUGUCUAAAUUCAAGUUUUUAAGGGAGCUGGUUUGUGAUAGUGGUUCACUCCAAGGAGAAAGUGAAUCAUCUGAAACACCCAGCGACUCUGAUGCACCACCCUCUCCUGAAAAACAGAAGCCUAAGUCAACACGACAGAGAAGAAUUCCAGCCGAAGAGGCAACUUAAAAAUGAAGGCAAUAUUGAGGCUUCUUCUUGGGGAACUAAGAAUAUUUUCAGCAUCUGCACUGUAGGAGACAACACUAUAAUUUUAUGGAAAUACUGACUUCAUAAGCGUGUGCUUUAGGGAAAUAAGAUCUACUAUAAAGCUGCUUGAUCACAUUUUAAAUAUAUAAGCUGUCUCGUCAAUCAAUAGGAAGCAUUUCAUGCAUGACCUAAGAUCUGAAGAGUAAAAAGUUUAUGCGUGAACCUGCACCAGUUGUCUUGUAGGCUUCCAAGUUUGAAUUAAGAAGCUUAAACAUUCCCUGUCAUCCUUUUAAAUAAUGCUGGCUUGCAGGUAGUUGCCAUCGAAGCCUAUCUAGUCACAGCACCUUGGAUCUGCACAUUAUCAAGAACAUCAAUGUAAUGGUUAUGGUAUCUAUACUCAUCAGCCUGUACUCCAUGGUUACUGUUGAAUUUAGCAGCAUACAGAAUGCCUAUGGGAAGCUCACAGAGAUGGAAUCCAGCUUUGGCUGCUGUAUUGUUUGUCUUAAUACCAUUAGAAUUAUGAAUUCGGGAAGUGUGCAUAUUUUAUUUUAUAAAACUAAUUUAGAAAAGACUCUACAUAAAAUUGUUUUUUCUGCAUUAGUCUUUUCCUUAGGUGGUAGAGGGUACUGCUGGUCUUAAGACAUUAGGAAAAAACAAGUUUAUUUUCUUCAUAUAGUUAUUUUUUUAAAUUGGUUUGUCUCAUCCCCAUGACGGUUGUAUAUUAAAAACAAAGAGGAUUCGUCUCCAAAGCAUUUGAGUGCAUGCUAGCUAUUCUUCCUUUGAGAUCUUACACUGUAUAACCAGUGAUCCUACAGCUUAAUCUAAAAAGCCUGAAUACAAAAGAAGAGUCACCAUUCUUAAGAGGUAAAAUAAUUAUCGUACAACUUUGUCAAACAUUGUAUUUCAGAGCAGAUGUACUUGUGUUUAUAUUGCUAAUGCAUUUUUUCCUGUUUUAAGGUAUCACUCAAAACACUAGCAGAAAUGUAUAGUUUAUGUUUGGAACUAUGUGUAUUGGUUGUCUCCCUAGACAAGCCAUCUAAUUCCGUUACAAUUUAAUAGGUACAUUUUUUUUUACAUGGUCAGUGGCUCUGAGUUAUGAAUUCUUACCCAGCACCUCUUUGGUAACAGAAGAUAUAUUCUGACUUGAUAUGAUUUCUAAAGCUGUACAGGACUUAUUGUAAUACCAUAUUUACAAUUUGUGUUUCCGCAGGCCCAAGUAAGGAAAGUUCUUUCUUAGCAGAAUUCAUCUGCUUGUUUUACGUUCUUCUCAAGUCUUAACACCUGCAUAAAUGGACUCCUUGUUUAGUCUCCCCUCUUUAUCAAAGAGUUUUUAAAUCUAAACCCAUUGCACAUUCUAAUUUGUAGACUCAUCCUACACUAUUUGUGUAGAAGCUCUACAUAUUUUUGUGCAGUGUGCUAGGAUGGGGGGGGGGGGGGUUAAUGUUUUGCCAUUUACUUUUCAUUGCUUAUCUUCCUAUUCACAUUUAAGUAUUUUAUUCAAACCACUGCCUGGUUGCUAAGGUAAAUAAGACCCUAGCAACCAGAUAGCUGCUGAAAUGCAAACUGAAGACCUGCUGAGUGAAAACGUAAAAAACGAAAAAAACAAAAAAUGAUGCCCAUUUUUAAAUUGUCUCAGAAUAUCAAUAUAUAUCAUAAUAAGUUAAUUUGAAGGUGAACCACCCCUUUAAAUGUUAUUUGUCCCUAUUGAAAAAAUAUCAGCUUAACUGUAGAUGCUUAAUAAUUCUUUUAGACAAGUAGGUUUUUAUUAAGGUUUUUUUCUUACAGAGAUAUAAAUGGUUUAUUAGUUUGGUACCUCAACCUAAUAUUUUCUUCCUACUGGAAACUUUUUGUCAGUAGUGUUUUGCAAAUCAGCCAGUCAGAGCAAAACAUUAAUGUGUUGGUUGUACCCAUAAUCAGUUGAGGAGCUCACAAAUAGUUGAAUAUAUAAAGUCUGUAAGGAAAAAAUACAUAAUAAUUUGACUUUUACUAUGUUAGAAAAUGUCCUAACUUUUCAAUUAGUCACCUUUAUAUUUUUUAAUUGUUUGCUCCAAUAUCUGUCCUUUCCAACUUUUAAAUUAGUCCACUGACCCCAAAAAACGAUUGCUUUUGAAACUACAGUUUUAUUGUCGAUGGAGGUUUUUAUUCAUCCAUGUUAUGGUAUAUCAAGUAGAAGUAAAUCUAGAGCAACUGGACUUACGGAGUUAUCAUUGAAUCUUUAAUUUUGGUUAACCUGAAUACUAAGGAAUUGGCAUCAUCUUUAUAGAAAAUAUUGAGAUUCAGAAUCCUUACUCACAAUGUGAGUAUGGUGGUUUUGUAUGCUUAUGUCAUUUUGGACACCAAAUGAAUUAAUUUGUACCUAGACAAAUCUAGAGUAAAACCUAUGGUAAUUUGAAAUUGACAUAAGUAUUUUGGUGUUAUUAACAUUUUGCUCUUAUUGGUAACGUUGAAUCCAGAAAGAUAUUAAACUGCCUAAUUUGCUUUACUACUGUAAAAAAACAUUUUGGCACAUGGUGGUGUAAAUAAUGAUUGUCACAAUAUUGUCCUUUUAUUAUGUUAUGGUGAAAAGGAACAAUUUAGUCUAAUUUAACACCAAAUUAUUUUAAUGCCACAUUUGUAAUUCCCCACCCAGUUGUUGGCCUUACUGUGUUUCUCUUUAUUUUUGAAAUCUCAUUUAAACAAGAUUUCCACCAUUAAAUGGCAUGCUUUAAUAAGAAGCCUAAUCUGUACAAUACCUAAAAACAAAGACUAUUUUGUUUCAUAUUAGUAAUAUCCCAUACAUGUAUGUAUCUAUGUAUUUUUAAGCAGAAUCUUUUCUUUUUUUUUCAUUCCAAAAUUAAAAAUUUGCUGGAACUGAUAUAUGUUGGUUCAAAAUCUAAUAUUGAACUUGUAAAAAACAGGGAUUAUUAUAUGCUUCAGUUUUUGUAUCUCCUGACAUGGGUCUCCUUAUAUGUCUGCAUUAAUCAUAUUGCUAUGACAUGCAUUGUCUUGAGGGCACUAUGCAUUUUAUGCUGCCCACAGUGGGCACAUAAUGCCAGAUAUUUUAAUGAGUUUGGGGAGGGGUCACCUAAGUGUUUGUUUGGAACUUUCUGCAAAACCAGGAUGCAGAUAAGGAAUUUUAAACCUUGCACCAGUCCAGCAGAAAUGUAUUGGUUUUAAGCUUUCAUCAUGUAGAGUUGACUUGCUAAAAUGUGUAUUUACAGGGAUACUGACAUAUCUGCUGACAAAAGCAGAAGCAGUUUGUAGCAUUGGUUUUUUUUUUUAUUGCAAAGUGCCCUAACAGCAGUUUUUUUUGGUGGGCACCAUGUGUCUCCUGUAGCUUUUUGAAUAUUUGCCUGCUACGCAAUCAUGAAAGAAUCAAAGUACAGCUACAUUCUCACUGCACUGUAUGUCCCACACACUAUAGAUGGACACAAAAGCUGACAGACAAAACUGACCUGUUAUAUUUUUAUACAUUCAGCAUCUGUGGACCUUCAUGCAAGCACAGAGCUAUAUAGCCCAAUAUUUCAGUAGGUGCUUUUUGCUUGAGUAUAAAGAAACACAUUGGUUGCACCAUGAGCCAUUCAUAAGUGUGAGAAAGGGUUGUAUGCAUUUUAGAUUCCUUUACUGAGUCAUUUGAGGGUGUCUCACUAAAAAUACAAACCAAAAAUACUGUAUUUCCCAACUUUGUGGAUACUUAGCCAGGCAGUUGAAGAAUUAUAGAACUACAGUAUUGUAGAUGGUAUGUAAGACUUAGAUUUUGUUUUUUAUGUGUUACAAGGAGCUCAACUUGCUUUAAUUAAAUGAAAAAUACAAACUGUUGAGAAAAUGUAAUAAUUUUCUAUUUGUUUGGCCUUACAAAGUAUUGCGCUGGGCAAACAGCCCCUCUUGCUUUUAUAUAAGUGAGUUGGACCUACUGUAUUGCAUAUCAUUAUUUAAGUAAAUCUAAUACAAUACAGUACCAAUAAAAUGCUAAUUAUAAUUGGCUGUUUUCUGUGGAUAGUUUUCACACAAGCAAUCCGAUACAUUUUCUAUGUGAAACUGUAUGUAUACAGAGAAAUAAGUUUUUUAUGUAUUAUGUGUACAAUAUUCAAUGCCCUUCUGCUUAGCCUAUAUAAGAGAGAUAAAAAGUAGACACUGUGUAGAGUAUAUUUUAAUGUUACGCUUAAUGCUACACCAGUGUCACUGCUGCUCUUUAUAAAAUCAGUUCCAUAAACCCAAGUACUUAUCUGAAGGAUUUCUCAUCCUUGAGUAGUUGGCUGACUUUUUUGUCAUUUUAAUCCUACCAUAUUUUUCACAAAUGUUAAUAAAAAUUAAAUGACUUGACCAGUUCUUCUGAGGGGUUUUCCCUAUUAAGCAUCUGUGCUCUUACAUAAGUAGAAUUAGCACAGAGCUCUUAUAGCUGCCUGAGCAGAUAUUCAUGUAGGGGGGAAUUUACAAAAGUGGAAUAUACCAGGCCUGGAAUGGAAUUCAAAAUAGGCCCUGGCAUUUACACAGAGGCUCAAACAGCCCCCCACCAGCCCAGUAAAUUGUGACUGUCUGUGGAAUCUUAUAGCAGCCUCUCUGGCAUAGAAUCCAUAAAUUGCUAGUCCAGGACUGGAAUAUAUUGAAUGUAUGAGUAAAAAAAUAUAAUUGGUGUUAAAAGAAUGGCAACAUUAACAAAAAUAAUCCAUUUAUAUGGUGGUUGUUUUGUACUCUUUGAUGGCCACUGUAGCCAAUUCAGACUGGCACAAUUACUUUAGUUUACUUCAUUUUAUUUUGACAACAAAAAUAAUAUUUUGCUGUAGGCUGGCUUAAAAAAAGCAAGCUUUUAGACACCUGUGAAUUUGUCGUUUGAUUAUUUGAUGUAAACAAACAUCACUUUUGUGAAUUCUACCCCAAAUGGAGUACCUUCUUUUUCCUUUAUAACGGCCAUCCUUGAGCUGCUGACCUAGGAUGCUGGGAGUUAAAGUUUAAAACAGAUUAAAGGAUGCAAUUUCUUUGUUUAUGGUUGCUUUCUCCUAGAAUAGAUGUGUUGGGCAUUUUGUGUUAAUAGGUAAAAAAAAUGUUUGUCUUGACUUUGCCUUGUCAGUGUUAUUAAACGUUAUUAAAAAUGUUAUGAAAUGCA